UCCGCCUCUUGAGGCCUGCGCCACGUAAAGCCUGGUGCUUGCGUAGCAGGGAGCCGGUCUGUGUGCUCAGCGCCGAGGGUGGGAGCGGUUGCCCGGGGCUGACGCCGACCUGGUCAUGUCUGCCGGACUCAGCGAGCAGCAGAAGCAGCGGAUUGAGGAGAACCGGCAGAAGGCGCUGGCCCGCCGGGCCGAGAGACUGGCCCUGGCUGCGGCUCCCGGUCCCAGCCCCAGCCCCCCUCGGCCCGUUGCCCCUGCGCAGCGAGAUGUGUGCGCGUCCCGGGGGGAGGCCACCGUCAGGCCCGAGCCCCAGCAUCACGCCGCAGCAGUCGCGGCCACCGUCACCCCGGGCAGCGGGCGGGAGCGACUGUCCGUGGCCCCGGGUGUCCUCAGCGGCAGGUGUGUGAGGCACGACCCGCGGCGCUUCCGAGUGGAGGUUGGCUUCAAUCCCGCGCUGCUGGCCGUCUUCAAGAGCAUCCCGAGCAGACAUUACGAUGUAGCCAGCAAGAUGUGGAACUUCAGCAUGGAUGAUUAUGACAACUUGAUGGGCCUGGUAAAGCACAUUCCAACGGUUGUGUUGAAACCAUUAGAUGGAGUGCUAGAAACGGAUGGUGUCACCAGUGAUACACCGAAAGCCAGGAGGCGGCGCAGUGUGUCACUUACCGUAAGCAAACUGGUGACAGCAGGAAAGAACUGGAAAAAGCCUGCUGCGGGGAUACAGGGGCGAUUCAUCCUCAUCUCCAGGUCCCGCUGUGAGGUCGAGGUUGCUUAUCAUGCAGAGGUGCUGAAUGUCUUCAAACAGAUGAAUUCCAGGAAUUAUGAUAUGAAAACGAGAAGGUGGAGUUUCCUCCUGGAGGAUUACAGAGUGCUGGUUGAGGAACUGUCGAAGAUCUCCACUGUGCAGGUGGAGCCUCUGCCCCGUGGCAUUCUGGAGGUAUUCUUGACCCAGUUUGAAAAGACCUGCCCAGAGCCUUCGUCCAUCCCAGAGGCUGAUCUCUCUCAUGUCGAUUCCAAAUUGGUUCAGAGCCUAAUGCCUUUCCAGAGGGAUGGAGUGAAUUUUGCGAUUUCUCGAGAGGGUCGUUUGCUGCUCGCUGAUGACAUGGGGCUUGGAAAAACCCUGCAGGCGAUCUGCAUUGCUGCAGUUUAUCGUAAAGAGUGGCCAGUGCUUGUGGUGGCUCCAUCUUCAGUACGAUUCACCUGGGCACAGGCUUUCAGCCAUUGGCUGCCCUCCGUGGAUGCUGACACCAUCAACGUGGUGAUGACAGGCAAAGAUGGCCUCUCCUCUUCCAACAUCAACAUCAUCAGCCAUGACCUGCUCGCCAAAUUCAGCAAGCAGCUGAAGGAGAGACAGUUUCAGGUCAUCAUUGUGGAUGAGUCUCAUUUUCUGAAGAACAUGAAGACUGCACGAUGCAAAGCUGCCCUUCCUCUUCUCCAGGCUGCAAGGAGGCUGGUGCUGUUGUCUGGGACACCAGCACUGUCGAGACCCGCGGAGCUGUACAGCCAAGUCACUGCCAUCCGUCCCUCCCUCUUCCCCAGCUUCCACCAAUACGGAAUGCGUUACUGUGCCGCCAAGCAGUUACCAUGGGGAUGGGACUACUCUGGAUCAUCUAAUCUGCUCGAACUACGACUCCUCCUGCUGGAAUCAAUGAUGGUGAGACGGCUGAAGUCUGAUGUUCUGACACAGUUGCCUGCCAAGCGACGAAAGGUGGUACUUGUGGAGCCUGAGGGUUUGAGUGCCAGAGCCAGGGCGGCACUGGAGGCAGCUGCAAACGAGGUGGCCAGAGGCCACAAGACGAAACGUGAGCAAAAGGAAGCGAUGCUGCUUUUCUAUAAUCGCACAGGAGAAGCUAAAGUUCGAUCCAUUGUAGAUUAUGUGUGUGAUUUACUCGAGAGUGGUCGGGAGAAGUUCUUGGUGUUCGGACAUCAUCGUCUGGUUCUGGAUGCAUUGUGUACAGCUCUGGAAGUAAAGGGGAUUGCGUUUAUCCGCAUUGAUGGCUCCACCUCUUCAUCUGAUCGCCAGUCCCUGUGCGACCACUUCCAGUCUUCUCAGACACGCUGUAUCGCCGUGCUGUCCAUCACAGCCGCCAACAUGGGCCUGACUCUCUCAUCUGCUGACCUGGUUGUCAUCACAGAGCUUUUCUGGAACCCUGGUACCCUCUUUCAGGCAGAAGACAGAGUGCACCGCAUCGGGCAAACAAGGUGUGUGGAUAUUCACUACCUGGUGGCCAGAGGCACUGCAGACGAUUACCUCUGGCCCAUGAUUCAGGAGAAGCUAAAGGUCCUUGGAGAAGCUGGACUAUCAGGAAACAAUUUUUCGGAGUUUGAAACCACUGAUUAUUUUCACCAGGGUCAGAAACAAACAAAGCUGAUGGACUUCUUCCAGCUGAAUUUGGUUGAUUCUGAAGAGGCCAGUGACGAAGCUCUUCUCCUUGAAGCUGCCGACCUGUGUAUCGACACUGUCGAGCAAACUGAUCAAGCAGAGACUCCUGUUAAGAAGAAAAAAAUUGAUGAAUAUUUUGGGAAGUAGUGGAAAAAGCUUGUAUUAAGUGAUUGGUCUUUAAUUCAGCUUGCAUUGUGUGUAAGCGCUGUUCUGCUCUGCGCCCAUGCACUCCCUCUACUGAUUGCACAACUUGUAAAUAAAUGACUGAACUGGAGCAAUGGGUUGUUGGAGUGAAAUUGGUCUUGAGCAGGGUCAUCGAACUGAAAUUUGCAGCAGGCCUCUGAGUUGCAUCUCUUCGGUCUUUUAAAAAAAACAAUAAUGCUGAGACCUAGAAUAUGUUUCAUUGUCUUAAUGAUCAGUGGAAUGUUUAAUGCAGAAUGAGGUUUCAAUUAUAAUAAAACUAUUUUUA